AUGGGUUGGAGAAGCAAGUCUAUUUGGGCGGGCAGGUGCACCCUUAUAAACUUAGUGGCUCAAACUCUUCCAACAUAUGUCAUGUCCUCCUUUAACAUCCCUUCCAAAAUCUACGAUCGCUUAGAUGCAGCUACAAGGAGGUUUUGGUGGAAGCCUAAAGCCACUGAAGGUAAAUUCCUUGCUUGGAAAGCUUGGGAUAAGCUCUACCUACCGAAAGGUAAAGGCGGUCUUGGUUUUAAAAAAGCCAAAGACUCUAAUAGAGCACUUCUUGCAAAACUAGCUUGGAUGGUUGCAUCUAAGAGAGAUAGUUUAUGCAUGGAAAUUCUUAGAGCCAAAUACAAAGUUCGAAAUGAUUGGCUAUUCAAGGAACCUCCAAAAGCUGCGUCUCCCAUUUGGAAAGCCAUCGAGGGGGUUAAAAGCAUCAUUGUCUAG